CACGACGAGCAGAAUGCCUGAGAGCUGAAGGAUGAAGGUGCCAUGGCUUUCUGGAGACCUGGAGCGCCCGCUCCAGCGCAUGCGGAUCCAUGGGAUUUGGAUUGCGACGCGGAGAAGCAUCGGGCGCUGCCGGUCUUCAACCCCUCGGAUCGAUUGCCCGUGGAGCAGCAGCGGAGGCGCUUGCCCAUCCACCGGCACCGCCUGGCCAUCCUCCACGCGGUGGAGUCGCACCGGGGUGUGGUGCUCUGCGGUGCCACAGGCUGCGGGAAAUCCACCCAGCUGCCUCAGUACCUUGAUGAAGCUGGUUGGACAGCGAAAGGCUACGUGGUGGCGGUGACGCUGCCGCGGCGGCUGGCGGCCAUCGCGGUGGCCACGCGGGUGGCGCAGGAGAUGGGCGCGGAGCUGGGGCGCGAGGUGGGCUACCGCAUCCGUUUCGAGAGCUGCGUCACCCCCGGGGUCACGCGCCUGGAGUUCAUCACGGAGGGCAUCUUGCUGCGGGAGAUGCUGUCGGACCCGCUGCUCACGCGCUUCAGUGUCAUCAUGCUCGAUGAAGCACACGAGCGGAGUUCCAACACGGACCUCUUGCUGGGCUUGUUGAAGAAGAUCGCCCGGAAGCGGCCCCGGCUGCGGCUCAUCGUGUCCUCCGCCACGCUGGACGCCGGAGCCUUCCUGAACUUCCUGCAGCAGAAGUCGCGGACUGGCGCAGCACCUCCGCCCAAGCGUCCUCGCUUGCGGGGCUGGGACGACGAGACCGGGGAGACCUUGCAGCGCAGGGGAGAAGAAGUCGACUGGCGCAGGCUCUGCGUGGACUUGUCGGGCGGCGGGCGCGGGGGCGUGCCGGAGCGGGACGCCUGCCUGCUGGAGGUGGAAGGGAGGCUGCACGACGUGAAGGUGCAUUACCUGAAUGAGCCCUCUGGCGACUACCUGGAGACCGCCGUGAAUGUGGUCAUGAGCAUUCAUCGCAGUCAGCCGGAGGGCGACGUUUUGGUGUUCCUGACCGGCCGAGAGGAGAUUGACACGGCCUGCCAUCUCAUCAUUGAGCGGCAUCGGCAGGCGCGAGAGAUGGCCGGGCCUCGGCCGGGCCUGAAGCCAAAGCCGCUUCAGGUGGUGCCGUUGCACGGCACGCUGCCAAAGGAGCAGCAGCUGAAGGCCUUUUUGUCGGCGAGUCGGGGCAGUCGCAAAGUGGUGGUGGCUACAAAUCUGGCAGAAGCCUCUGUCACCAUUGACGGCAUCGUUUAUGUGGUGGACAGCUGCCUCGUCAAGCUGGAUGCCUUCUGCCCCUACAACGGCACCUCCUACCUCAACAUCGGCGCCUGCUCCAAGAGCGCCGCCCGUCAGCGCGCUGGCCGGGCGGGGCGCACGCGGCCGGGGCACUGCUUUAGGCUGCUGACCGAGAAGAGCUUCCAGGAGCUACAAGAACACACCCUCCCCGAAGUGCAGCGCUCGGAUCUGAAGGACCUGGUCCUCAUGCUGAAGUGCCUGGGGGUGGAUG